AUGCUUCUGGCAGCUGUCACCACCGUCCUUUGGGCCAUUACGUCUGCUGUCUCGGCUGCGACGGCCACCAGGUUCGAGGGCAUACCGUCGGUGGGCGUGCUCUACACCCACGAGCCCAAAAAGCACUUCUGCACUGCUGCCGUCGUCAAGAGCAAGCCGGGAAAUCUCAUCCUCACGGCUGCGCACUGUAUCCGCGGCGAUGGGAAGCACCUUCGCUUUGCCCCCGGAUACCACGAUGGCUCUACCCCAUAUGGAACCUACCCCGUCACAGGGACCUAUAUUCACAACGACUGGAACAAGACCUUUAGCAUCAACCACGACUACGCCAUCCUAACGCUUGGUAACGCCAUGGUUAGCGGCAGAUCCGUUACUGUCCAGCAGAUUACUGGUGGCAACAAACUCGAUUUCAACCCUUCAUACAAGAACGUGGUCAAGGUCUUCGGCUAUAAUCUCAACGAGGAAAAGCCUAUGCGCUGCACGACGUCCACUUAUCGGGCUGGAGAGGGACAACUUGGCUUCAACUGCGGUCCGUUUAGGGCUGGCACAAGUGGUUCGGUGUUUAUGGCCAAGUAUGGUCAUAAGUCGAUGCUUGGAACGAUAGUUGGAAACAUUGGUGGCUGGCAGGGUGGGGGUUGUAGCGACAGCACGUCGUACUCGUCCAAGUUUAGUUCUGGUUUGCAGCGCGUCUACAACGAAGCUAGUAACUCGACUGGAAAAUCCUGCUGCGGUUGGGUGGUUAGGGGCGGUGUUCCCAAGUAUUGCUAA